AUGGCUGUUCCGAACUUGCAUUUGGCACGUGCUGAACUUAUGGGCUCCAAAAAUGAGAAAAGAACUAGGGUAAUGGGGAGUGGGGAAAAAGAGGUGGUUACCAUGGAGGUCACUGGAAUCAGUGCUGAUGUAAGGGAACAAAUAUACAAAGUAGGAAUGCCAGAAAAUGCAAAAGGCAUCUCCUACUUUCAAACCAGUCGGCAGACACUCGUGAUAGUUUUGAAGCUUUUUGAGCUGGUGGGAUUAUGA